AUGAGGGAAGUAGCUUCUGCGGGCCACUGCAGAGAGUACGGCGGCUGCAGCUCUGCAACAGACGGCCAGAUGAUUUGCCAGACGGACCAGAUGCAAGUUGCUGUUUCUGUCGUGUGGAUGAGUGGAGCGACCUUGCUGAGAAUGAUGCUCGAUCGUGGGGCAUCUCUCAGAAGCGUUUUCCAUGGCCUUCCUUCAGACCGAGGCUGUCUCACGCUACUUGCGCCUACCGGGCGCUUGGUCACCCCAUCCAGCUGCAUUGCUGAGAUCACUGCACAAGCAGAGAACCACCUGGUGCUGACGGCCAUCGCACAUACUGUGCAGAGUGUGACGUCCACACAGUGCGCGUUUGCAGUCAUAACAUCUUCGGGGGCAGUGGUGUCAUGGGGUGAUGCUGAUCUUGGUGGCGAUGCCGGCCACGUGCAAGAUCAGCUGAUGAGCAACGUUCUGCGUGUCUAUGCCAAUCCCUUUGCCUUUGCUGCCGUCAAGGAUGAUGGGUCUGUGGUGACUUGGGGCUUGACGACGGCUGGAGGUGACAGCAGCUCUGUCAGGCCACAACUCUCGACUGGCGUCUGCACCAUCUUCUCCACCCGCCUGGCUUUUGCUGCCUUGAAGGAAGAUGGCUCGAUCGUGACAUGGGGAAACGUGCAUUCUGGUGGAGGGCCUCCUCCGCGCACGGGAGCUGUGCAAAGCAUUUCUGCGACAGAUGGGGCCUUUGCGGCUCUUACCAGGAAUUCCGGUGUGCAUGCCUGGGGUGAUCCUGCUGCCGGCGGACAUCCACACGAAGUUUCUGCAGAUUUGACUGGCGGCGUGCUAGCGGUAUUUGGUUGUAAGUGUGCGUUCGCCGCCAUGAAGCAUGAUGGUUCUGUCGUUUGUUGGGGAGCUGCUAUUGCCUGCAAAGGCUUUGACAGCCUUAGAUGUAAGCUUGGCAACAUGCAAGUGCGUCAUAUUGCUUCGACUUCAAACGCAUUUGCAGCCCUAACGGCCGGAGGAUCCGUCUUAUGUUGGGGGGAUCCUGCCUGUGGUGGAGACUCUUCAGGGGUGGAUGAGCAUCUCCAGGACAACAUCGCAAAGAUAUACAGCAACGAAGUGGCUUUUGCUGCCCUGAAGCGUGGCGGUGCAGUGGUGCCUUGGGGAGGACACUAUCUCGACAUGGAUUUAUGCUACACCGGAAAGCUCCUGGAUGCUGGGGUGGAGCAAAUUGUCGCAACGCGCUUAGCCUUCGCAGGGCUUAAAUCCGAUGGCAGCAUUGUGAGUUGGGGGCACCGCAACCGGGGAGGAGACAGCAGUGCCGUUGCUCUGCAGCUUCGAGAAGUGAGAAAAGUCUGUGCUUCUGACAACGCGUUCGCUGCCGUCACCGCUUCCGGCGCUGUGAUUACCUUGGGCGUGAAGGAUGAGGGAGGCAACUAUUGCUCUGCCGAUGAGCUCCUGGAGAGCGAUGUUCAUGACGUGCACUCUACAUGUAAUGCUUUCAUGGCCAUCAAAUACGACGGAUCGGUUGUAGCGUGGGGCGGUCGUCGGUUUGGUGGGCACGUUCCCGCCAGUGCAGUAUUGCGCAUCUGUUCCGGCGAUGAGAAAAGGGCAUUAGCGACCGCACAGCAGUUAGUUUGGCAAGCGUUUUGCGUUUCAAGCAAUGGAGCUGGACUUUGUCGGCUGGCUCAAGGUGCAGUCUCUGCACGUUUCACCACAUGCUGCCACGAUGCUGAUGCUAAUCUGACCAUACCUCAGCGGUCAGGGUUCGGCCCUAGGAAGAAGGAGCCAAAAGGAAACAAUCAGGAAGUGUCGAGCUAUCCGUCUUUGCUGGAUGGUCAAGCUGCCGCCGAAAGGGUGCCCGAGAGGUUCCGCUCCUGCAGCACCCAUCUCGCAUGGUUGGCCGCCGAGAAGGAGGAGUUGGAAAAGCAAUGCGCGGCACAACAGGAGUUGGAGUCAAAACUCAAGCUGAUGCAGAAUCGAUUGAAGGCCAUGCGGCAAGGAUCUUCCGCACGGCUAGAUGCUGUCAUGCAGAUGAUCGAACAUCGCAAGGCUCUGGGGCACAUUGAAGACGCAGAGCUUCUCCUUGUCAAGGAGAAGUUAAAUCAGCUCGAAGCUCGCAAAGACGAGCCGCCGAAGUAUCCGGCGCUGACCAAUGCGCAGCCACUGGGCUUGGCCCUGACCCAGGCGGUGAAGGAGAUGAGGAAACGCACGCUGAGCAGGAAGCGAGAGGAACCCAACCCAUUGUCAUUGAAGCAGCCUGCCGCCUGGCCGUCGGUGUACAGCAUUGCUGAUCUUUGGCUCGCGAAAGCAGAACUAGAGCAUGCUCUAGCUUGGCGCCUGGACGCUUCUGAUAAAUCGCGGCCCAAGCGAUAUGUGCAAUCGCCAGAGCUUCUGUUGGACUCGGCAUUAGACACCGCCAACGAGCUGAUUCGUUUGUCAUCCCCGGGAGUCGUGCAUGAGACCCUGCGCAGAGAAGCGUUGAUUCAGCGAGACAUUGCGGCUGGGCUCAGGCUCAUGAGAGACCGCAUGUGUUUGGUCAUUGACUCCCUGGGCCCGAUGGUCCGCGCAUUGGGAGUGCAAGAGAUCAAGCAUUGCGAACAAACGUUGGAGCUCAAGAAGCUUUUGCUCGCCAUCGCGCAGGAAGAGUCCGUUUGGGGAAUGCAGCACAAAGCUCAAGCCAGUGCAGAGGGAAGGCCCAUCAAGCAUCUUACAAGCGAGACCUACAAGCUCCGGCGCUCUUUGCAGAAGAUCUGCUAUGCUCCGCCAGGCUCCGCUGUUGAGGAGGACAUGGACGCAGUUUGGAAAGCUGUGAAAAGGAAGGAAGUGUUUGAUCUGGCCGCUGCGCGUGCGGAGGCAGAGCGCCUGCGCUUGAAGGUAGCUGGAUGCGAGCUGACCAUGCGGCGUUCUGAUGUCAAGCAGAACGCCCUGGCGGUUACCACCGACAAUGAUGCUCGGGCUUUCCUGCAGACCGUCCAGGCCAAGGUGAAAGAAGCAACGGAUGUGCUCAAUGCAUAUGCGGAAUGGGCUUCCAAGACGGAGGCGAGUUUGAUUCUCUGUGGCCUGACGAGUCCUCCUUCCGCAGGUGCUCUUGAGGCUGUGCCUGCGAACCCCAUGACGCUUGAAGCGCAGAGGCUUCGUAGAGCUCUUCAAGGCAUCAUCGAAGCUGCUUUGAUCACUCGGAAGCGUCCAGGAAGAAAUGGCGGCAAGGUUGGCUCGCCCACCUCCGCACCCCGGGCCGAGGAGGUCAACGCACAACCUCAGGACGAAGCCACGAAGAGACAUUCUGCUCCCGUCGUAUCAGAACCGGGGAGCCCACAGGAAGGUCAUUCCGCCUCGUCGCGACCAACGUCUCCCGAGGUACGAACACGAUCUGCAAGGUCCUCGCCGAGGACCCCAAAGACAGCCGAUCCGAACCGGUUCAACACAUCCUGA